CAAAAGAAGAGACUGAAGCAUACUGUAAACAAGCUGAUAGCCCAUACUGACAAUGUAAACAAAACUCCUGCUGCAUUAAUGCUGUUUUGUACAGCAGGUUUUGUGGUGAAUGUAGAAAGUUCUUUGCAGAAGACAAUGGUGCAGCACACCAGAUUUCUCUGCUGCAGCUCCUGAACUUGGUUAAAUGAUUGGAGAAGCGUUGGUUUGUCCAGACUGCUCAGUGCCUUGGGUUUCCCUGUCACUGGGCUGGCUCUGUGCCAGGCACUGCCCAGGCACCAGCACAACCUGGGACUGAAGCACAGCUCUGUGGAGAAGGACCUGGGGGUGGACGACAAAGUGUCUGUGAGCCAGCAAUGCCCCUGUGGCCAAGAAGUCAUACAGAAUUCUGCAGUGCAUUAGUAAGAGCAUGGCCAGCAGGUUGAGGGAGGUGAUCCUGCCCCUCUACUCAGCCCUGGUAGAAUCACACCUGGAGUGCUGUUUCCAGUGCUGGGGCUCCCAGUACAAGAGAGACAUGGAGCUCCUGAAGGGAGUGCACUGAAGGGCAACAAGGAUGCUCAGGGGACUGAAGCAUCCCUCUUACCAGGAAUGGCUGAGGAAGCUGCACCUGUUCAGCCUCAAAAAGAGAUGCCUAGGAGGGGACCUUAUCAAUGUCUGUAGGUACCUAAAGGGAAGGUGUCAGGAGGAUGGACCCAGGCUCUCCUCAGCGGUGCCGAGCAAUAGGACAAGAGGCAAUGGGCAGAACUGAUGCAGAGUACGUUCCACCCGAAUAUGAACGCCUUUCUUUCUGUGUGAGUGACCACGCACUGGAACAGAUUGUGGAGACUCCCUCACCGGAGAUAUUCGAGAACUGUACGGAUCCAGUCCUGUGCGAAUAGUCCCACAUUCUAGAUGUGCUCUAGAAUGACCACGCCUGACCACCUGAGCAGGGAGGCUGGCACACAAGACCCCCUGCGGUCCCUUCCAACCUGACCCAUUCUGUCAUGCUGUGACUCAGGGCGCGCAGCCCUCCUGCGAGGCCCGGCCGCGCCCCGCCGGCACCCGCACCGCCGGCGCACCGCGGUUUCGGGAAAGCUCCCGGAAAGCUCCCGCCACUCCUGGCCGGGGCGGUCCCGCCACUCCCGGCCGCCCGGCCGGAAGCUCCCGCCUCCCCGGGCGAAGGCCGUGGGGCCCCCGCAGGUGAGGCCGCCGGGGUGCCGCAGGUGUUGGGCGGCUGCUCCCGGGCCAGUGGGCGCGCUCCGCCUGGCUCGUCCUUCUCCGGCGCCGGCUGUCCUUGGGACCCCGCGGCAGUUCUCUCCCGUCGGGUGAGCCCAGCGGGGCCGGGGAGCGCCCGGGCUGACCGCCGGCCAUGUCGCGGAGCUCGCAGGGCGGGCGGCCCGGCAGGUCCCCGCUACCCCGCGGGGCCAGCCCCGGCUCGGCCACCGCCCCGCUGCCGCCGCCCCCGCUGCCCCUGCAGCCCCCCUUCGGCCCCGGCGGCGCCAGCCCGGGCCCCAGCGGGCCGGCAGAGCUCAAGCCUGUUCGGCGGUUCAUUCCGGACUCGUGGAAGAACUUCUUCAAAGGAAGACGGCACCCCGGCUCCAGCUGGGAUAGCACGGCCUCCGACAUCAGGUACAUCUCGGACGGGGUCGAGUGCUCGCCGCCUGCCUCUCCCGCCCCGCUGCAGCCGGGGACCAAGGCGGUGCCCGGCUCCUACACGGACCCAUUCGGGGGAUCGGGCGGGAGCUACAACUCUGGGAAGGAGGCCGAGGCCAUGCUGCCCUCCGGAGACCCCUUGGACUCUCUGGAGCGCCGCGCCGGCACUGGGCAGACGUACAGCGAGCGGGUGGAGGAGUACCACCAGCGGUACGCCUACAUGAAGUCCUGGGCAGGGCUGCUCAGGAUCCUCGGCGUGGCCCAGCUGCUGCUGGGCGCCGCCGUCUUCGCCUGUGUCACCGCCUACGUGCACAAGGACAACGAGUGGUACAACAUGUUCGGGUACUCGCAGCCCUACGGAUACGGGGCGGGCGGCGCCUAUGGGGGAUACUCCUACGGCGGGCCCAAAACGCCUUUCAUCCUGGUGGUGGCGGGAAUGGCGUGGAUCGUCACCAUAGUGCUGCUCGUGCUGGGCAUGUCCAUGUACUACCGAACUAUCCUCCUCGAUUCCAACUGGUGGCCUCUGACCGAGUUUGGGAUCAAUGUGGCCUUGUUCUUCCUGUACAUGUCGGCUGCCAUCGUGUACGUAAACGACACCAACCGAGGUGGGCUCUGCUAUUACCAGCUGUUCAAGACGCCGAUAAAUGCGGCUUUUUGCCGUGUGGAGGGCGGUCAGACUGCAGCAAUCAUCUUCUUGUUCGUCACGGUGAUCAUGUAUCUAAUUAGUGCGAUAGUUUGCCUGAAGUUGUGGAGGCACGAAGGGGCCAGGAGGCACAGGGAAUUAAUGGAACAGGAGAUGAAAACACAAUCCCCUUUUCCAGAAAAGAAGUAUGAAGGUGAUGACAGACCAAGAGAAGAAGUCAGUUACAGGCAGCUCAAAUCACUGGAAAGAAAACCAGAGCUACUUAAUGGUCAUAUACCUGCAGGCCACAUUCCUAAACCUAUAGUGAUGCCAGACUACUUAGCGAAAUACCCUGUAAUUCAAACAAAUGAAAUGAGAGACCGGUACAAAGCGGUAUUCAAUGAUCAGUUUGCUGAGUAUAAAGAACUGUCUAUGGAAGUUCAUGCUGUAUUAAAAAAGUUUAAUGAGCUGGAUGCAUUGCUGAAACAGCUUCCACACCAUCCUGAAAGCAUAUAUGAACAGGAAAGGAUAUCAAAAGUUCUGCAAGAAUACAAGAAGAAGAAAAAUGAUCCUGCAUUUCUGGAGAAAAAGGAGCGUUGUGAAUAUCUGAAGAAUAAGCUUUCUCACAUAAAACAACGAAUUCAGGACUAUGAUAAAGUUAUGAAUUGGAAUGUAGAAACUUAGCAAUGCCAUCACUUCAUGGAUACUAUUUUCUGUUUUUAAAAUAGAUAUGUGUAUUUUAACCUAUUUAUUUACCCUUUGGACAGUACACUUAUGGGGAUUACUUAAUCACUGUCAUGUAUUUGGAUGUUGUACAUUACCGAUAGGUUUUGUAUAUGGAUCCAAUUGUAAUUGAAGUUAUGAGAUAAGUUAGGAUACCUCUGCUAACAUUCUGUUUUCAUUAGUGCAAAUCCUGGCCUCUUAAAUAUGAGUAUGUUUUUGGAAAAUACUUCAUUUGCAAACUUGCAAAGCCUACCAGCGAAAGCAGUUUCCAAAUGCCUUGUGAAAAUUUGGCACAGAAAUGCUGUUAACAGUUCUGGAUUUUAUUUAUAUGUAACAUCUUAAUGUCAUUAGAAAGAGCUGAGCUGUUCUUUCUGUGUGGGGUUUGAUGCAUUGACUAAUUGUAUUGAAUAAUUGGGCAAUUCAGAAGCUAGUUUAAUAAGAAUUCUUGUAUUGUAUUUCCAAAUGCUGUACAUUAUACCAGAAAUCAUCAUGAAUUUUACCUAACAAGAGAAAAAAAAUUUUGUUUAAGCAGCUGGGGGAGGGGGACUUGGAUUUGGUUUUUGUAUUGCCUUCCUCAGAGAAGAUGUAAGACAUCUAUACUUGGCCUUAAAGGAAUAGAGGUAUAGGAGGAGACAUAUUAAUGUUCCAUUAAUGUUGCUAUAGGUAUUGUGCUGUGCCUACCUUCUGGAUCAUGCUAUUAGGGAUACAUGUGGCUAAGGGCUUCACUCAUCAGCAAGUAACAGGACUUUUUGUCUAUGCGGCAGCUGUUAGUGAACUUGGCAUUCAGAGAGUAAAUACAGCAAAACGAAUUCUCAUUCAAAGUAUAAAUUGUUGGUAUCCUCUUUAAGACCAGGUAAAAUGUAUUAAAAGACUUAUUUUCCAGAGCAUGUUUGCAUAAAUCCUAUAUAUAUUUUUAUAUUUUCUUGGGGAUAUUAUGGUGGGGAUAGGUUUGUAUGUGCAAGUAUUUUCAUAAGCCACUAAAUUUUCUCUUUGUAUCCUUUUUCAUAUCUUCAUUUACUUUAUUAACUUUUUUUACUUACUAGAAUUAUUAGAAAAUUGGUAAUUUUUGUACAGUUUUCUAUGACUGCAAUUAGUCUGUUCUGAAUUACGUUUUUAAUAUAAAAAACACCCACCAGUGUAGCCAUAUUACUCCCUUGCUUAUAAAGACAUUUUGUUUGAGAAAGGUGCUCUGAUUACAGUUACUGCAAAUUUUUGUUAGUGAUUUGGUUUCUUCUUUGAAAGAAAGUUUUUAACUUCUGCCUUAUUUAAAGGAACAGCGUAAGAAAAGCCAUUUCCAGUUUAGUAUGGUCAUGGUAGCACUACCUCUGCUCUUCACUGCUGGAAAUGUAUUAACAUACCUCACUCUGACUGUUGUAGCCCUUUUGGUUUUUCAGCCCUUAUCACUCACACUGCAAUCCUCCUGAUGGCCAUGCACCCACCUUCAUAUUUGUAAAAUUAGCAUUCCAGUUUUAUCAGGUACUUAAUUCCAAGAGCCACAGUGGAUGAAGUAAAUAGCACAAGAUGCCAUGGGAACACUAGGAGAAUUUGAAAAUUUGGCACCUCUUCAUUUCAAAGCCUUCAGUCUCAUCUACCUGGAAGGUAUUUUCAUCAUUCUGAGAACAGGUGACAGCCAGUGCUAUGCCUUGGUGUCUCAUUCUUUUCCGUGCCUUUCUCUUUAGUUCUGGUUUGUAUCCAUUUCAAAGGAGAAACUACUCUUCCUUAUAAAGGAGGUGGGGCAAUUUUUUUAUACCUUUUGUGCUGAGUACUUGUUAAAUUGUUCUUUGUAAGAGAAGUACUUGUCCAAAUCUCCACAAUCUAAAUAAUGACCUCUCACUGUACACCCAGGUUUCUUGUUUUUUCUCAGUGAGACUUCUGAGCAUUGCAUCAAUAACAGAAGAAGAUUAGUGCAAGUUUGAGGAUCAUUUGGUGUUGAUAAAGUGCUAACAAUAACAUGGCUGAUGUUUUCUUUGGAAAAUUCACAGUCUGUACACUUAAUAGGUCUUCUUUCUGUAGGACAGUUGAGACCCAGCUCCAGAUUUCUUUUGACAGUGGUCUGAGUUUCAGUCUUGGAGAAACUGGCUCCUGGUCCCUCAGACAGUGUCUGCAUAGCCUGUGGAGAACCAUCGUGCUGCUUCGUUAUUCCAAAGUUUCCAACAAAUGGAUUGGGAAAACAGAACACCAUACCUGUGCCUGGAAUGAGGAAAUUAAGUGGCAGCAUCUCUAUGUGGAUUCUUGUUUCCCAGCAAGAUGCCACAGGUGUGGCCAAGUAGAUUUUCCAAAUGCUGGGAAGAGAAGCUUGGAGAGAAAUACUCCCUCCUGCCUGCUUUUUGGGUUCCAAACAGGAUUGGUGUAGGGCACGACAGUGAUCUACCAUCGUAAGGUAUGCAGGCCAUCCUAAGGCUGCAGCAAUGUGUUGCAACCAUUACAGUAAAUGUCUUGCUCAGUCGCGUGUCUGUUACAGGCCUCAGGGCUGCUCAAGCACUUCUGGUGUGUACAAUCUGUGCACUGGUUUUGCUCUAACCUACCAGUGGGCAACUGAAAAGGGUCUUGUCUACAAUGCUACACACAUGCUGGAGAAAAACUGUUCGUCUAAGAUUAGUCUAACAUGUUCACAUGUUCAUCUCUCAGAGAAAUUGAGAUUAAUGAAAUAAGAAUGGCUGGAAGCUGAAACAAUUUGGAGCAAGGCAGAAAUUAGGAGGAAAAUGAUGGGAGAAUCCCUCAAUCUGAGUUACCAUAAGAACUAUCAAGGAAAGUGGCCUCUUGAUAUUCUUAAAGAAUAGAAGGCAUACUCCAGACAAAACUGAAGUUUUUAGAUGAUUAUCACCUCAAUCUGUGCAGUCCCUCUAGGCUCAGCUCUGAAUCUGUGCUUUUGCAUGUAUAUGUAAACAAUGUGCUGUGUGGUUUUACCCGUGUGACUGGGUUUUUGCAGAAGUUUAUGAUUCAUUUCACAUAAAUGAAUCAUAAAGGAAUACUGCCUUACAUCGGUGGGCUUGCUUUUAAAUACAGCCAGUCCUCAAACCCUGAGUAUACAACAAGAAGCUAAAUCCUUCAGUCUACCUCAUGGAAAAUGCUUGCCUGGCUCCACAGAUCUACAAAUCGAGAUGCAUUCUUAGCAUUUCUACAAGUAUUACAGUUUCUAAACUGGAUUUGUGUUUCUUAUUGUUUUUUUAAGCAUUUGGGUAUCCUAGGUCAAAACAACUGUGGCAAGAUCGGCAUACAUUUUAUUAAACUGUAACGUCUUUCCAGCCAGAAAAAGCAGUGACUAACAAAUGUACCCAAAGUUUUGUCUUGCACAACAGCUUGACCAGCUUUCAUGACAGCGUAUUAACUACAAAUGCUCAUGGCAAUGAAAAAUUGUAAAAGAAAUUGUAAAAUAAGGUACCCAGUGUGUUAUUUAUUAAUUUCAAAAUUGUGGUGGGAUUUCAAGCACUUGUACAAUCAAAUUUUACAAAAUUACUGUAUAUACUGCGUUCCAGUACAACACUGAAAUUCUUGGUCUUGAGAAUAAAAAAAUACUCCUGUUUUGGAAGAA